AUGUACCGCCGCCGUGUUUUGGGAGCUACACUCAGCGAGGCGGGGUGCCAAGAGCCCCACAGCUCGCACAGCUCGCAAUCUCGCGAUGGAUAUGAGGAGUCGGAGAAGAAGGCCUUUUAUGAUGGUUGCCCGACCAAUGCGCAGGGCGCCGGAGGAGGAUCCCCGAGCAGCACUUGGAGCCGAUGCUCGAGGGCGUCCUGGAGCUUCGGGUGCGGCACGGACCGCUGCACUCAGCCAGGAGCGGCAAAGACACAGCGAAAGCAAGCGCGAAGGAUGCUACAUCGCUUGCACCGCUGCAUGGCCCGAUCUGGUGUGGUGGCAUUCUCCUUUUCGGCAUCGGCUCUUCAGAGAAGGAUGGAUUCUUUCGCAAAGUUGGACGAGGUUUCCAAGUUCAAGAGUCGUCGUGCUGCAGAACGAUCGUUGGGAGCAGGCAGCUCUCUGUCUUCAGCAUGCAGGUACGUGUCCUGCUGCAUUC